AAAUGAACGUGUCAGAUUGCUAGGUAAAUACAAUAGGGAGGUCACGUGAGUUGUCGUUGAUAUUGCUACUGUACAAUCUAGAGAAAUGAAGUUGGCGUUCGUUGUCUUGUUUAUGGCCUUAGUUAUCUCAGCAAACGGCACUUUGUCAAAGAGCAAUAAGAAGAAACAGAAAACAGAAAAGCCAAUCAUUUCGGAAGUGACUUUAGCAAAGAAGUCGGUUAUUGAGCGCAAGUUGGUUACUGAUAAGGCAAAAUACAAAGACAUACUGAACGAAUAUCAGCGCUAUUUUGAAGACGGAACAAAUAUUCGAAAUUUCAACGGAGAACUUUUGGCCUACGUCACGCCGUGGAAUGGCCAUGGUUAUAAUGUGGCAAAGACGUUUGGUGGUAAGUUUACUACAGUGUCUCCUGUAUGGCUGCAACUGAAACGAAGAAAAGAUGGCUCAUUUGGCAUUGAGGGUGGACAUGACAUUGAUUUAGAAUGGGUCAAUGAUGUAAAGAAAUCUGGAAGUUCAGUGCACAUAUUGCCAAGACUAUUAUUUGAUCAAUGGUCAGGGCAUGAUUACCAAGCUCUACUUUCUAGUGAAGCUGCAGUACAGGAACUCACCUCUGUGAUUACAGGCUUUUGUAAGAUGAACAAUUUCGAUGGUGUUGUGAUGGAAGUGUGGAGUCAGCUAGGAGGUCAAGCUAGACUUGAAAUGUCUCAACUAUUGUCAUAUGUGGCACAGAACUUUCAUGCUAAUAAUCUCAAACUUAUCCUUGUUAUCCCACCACCAAUUGGACGAAUGCCAUUCAUUGAUGCUGAAGAUUUUGACCGGUUGGCUCCAGUUGUUGAUGGUUUCAGCUUAAUGACGUAUGACUUCUCAUCCAGUGGUCCUGGUCCUAAUGCACCUAUUCAAUGGAUGAGACAAUGCGUAGAAAAGCUUGUACCUACAGCUGGACCACUUCGACAGAAGAUCCUUCUUGGGUUAAAUUUUUAUGGGUAUGACUACAGCAGCGGACCAGAAGCUAUCAUCGGCAAUAGAUACAUUGAACUGCUAAAGCAGCAUAAACCAAAGUUGAAAUGGGAUUCAGAGAGUUUGGAGCAUUAUUUUGAAUAUAAGUCUGGUGGUUUUUCUCAUCAAGUAUACUUUCCAACGUUAAAGUCAAUUCAACUGCGCAUUAAUCUAGCUCAAGAAAUGGGUACGGGACUCUCAAUAUGGGAAAUUGGUCAAGGAUUAGACUAUUUUUAUGACUUGUUGUGAUACUAAAGUAUAGACAUAUGAUAAUCAGUACAAUCUACA